AUGAAACUUUUCGCACUCUUUGGUCUUGCUCUUGCCACCGACGAGGUCCCACACGAUCCCGAGGCCCUCGCUUUCUGCCACAACGCCUGCCAAGGUACCCCAGAAGCUCUCCCUGGAACUGGCUACUGCCCAGACGGAUUCUACCCAUCCUUCAAGGACUGCGACGCUUACUAUCUUUGCUGGGAUGAGGGCAUCUGGGCUGACAAGUUUUGGUGCGCCCCUGGUGCAGUUUACAACCCAGUUAGUGGCGAAUGCGACUGGCCCUUUAACCUCCCCGAAGACAGUGAAUGCUACAUCCCUGCUUAA